GUCAUCCUGAUGUUAGGACUGUGAUUCGACGGCGAAACGACUUGGCGGCUGAGCGUGGUGUGCUUAUUGUCUCAACUUCCAUGCAUAAACUGAAGAGCAUGUUCUUCUUCCACCUGGAGACGGAGUAUACCAAAUGCUCAAUCCGAGCGAGAAUCCGAGCGAGAUCGGUGGUGAGUGUGAGACACUGAGAGAACGAGUUUUGUGGGUCAGAGAGAGAGAGCGCAGGAGUGGGAGAGCAAGAUACAUAAAGUUCGAACCAAGGGUUGCCCGUAAAGAGAAAGAACAGAUUUUUGCAAGUGAUAUUGGUUGUCCAAUUGAUGAGCUAGUAUGUGUAUCAAUUGUUACCAACAAGCCUUCAACACGUUGGAUUGAUGACACCCUUAGUAAAUUGAUUCCACCUGUUCACAACGAAACACUUGAAGGAAGUGGAUCAAACAAGAACAUUAAAAGUGGAAUAAAUUUAGGAUUUUCAUAAUUUGCUCAUUUGUAUUUUAGUUUUAUUGUUGUUGCCAGUUUCGAAUAUUGUUUGUGUUUACAUGGAUUUGUUACGGAGUACAAUUAGUGAAGUACUAAAGUCAGCUCCAUGAAUGUUUAGCUGCAAUAAGUGGUAAUGUAAUGUAUGUUAUGU